AGCUUCUUUGUGUCGGCAGAAAAUGGUUUGUUAGUUAUUGGGUGUCCCUUGUAGGUAUUCCUCUCCCGGCAAUAAAAAUAGAACAAUCGCAGGAAAACCCACAUUAUCUUUUCCUUAUUUUCUCGCCGAUUGAACUUUCCGGGAAAAUUCAUUACAGCAAAGAUGAUCAAGACAAGACUGAACUUGAACGGAAGAACGAGCAACACUGCGGCCACAACGACGCCGUCGACGUCUAAAGAAGAUGAAGGGGUACAGUGGGAGAUGAGGCCCGGUGGAAUGUUGGUGCAGAAGAGAGGUGAUAACUCGGAUGUUCUCGCUCCGAAUGUUCGGGUUCGGGUGGCUUAUGGUGCUGUGCGGUACGAGAUCUCGGUGAAUUCUCGGGCAACAUUUGGUGAGUUGAAGAAGCUUGUGACAGAGGAGACAGGGUUACAACCGGGUGAACAGAGGCUAUUAUUCAGAGGGAAGGAGAGACAAAAUGGGGAAUAUUUGGACAUGUGUGGAGUCAAAGACAGAUCAAAAGUCAUACUAAUCGAGGACCCGCAAAGCAGAGAGAAGAAAUUCAUUCAGAUGCGAAAAGAUGCAAAGAUCCAAACCGCACAACGCCUGAUCAAGGACGUCUCCAUGGAGGUUGAUAACUUAGCAGAGCAGGUUUCUUCCAUUGAAAAGUCUAUUGGAGAGGGUAAUAAAGUAGCAGAAGUACAGAUCACCACAUUGAUCGAGAUGUUAAUGAGACAAGCUGUCAAGCUAAGUAGCAUUUCCACAGAAGGAGAUUCAUGUGCUCAGAAAAAUCUGCAGGGAAAGAGAGUGCAGAAGUGUGUCGAAACCCUUGAUGUGCUCAAGAUAUCGAACACAAAAGUAAAGCCUGUUAUUGUUACAACCAGGUGGGAAACCUUUGAUCCUCCUCCGACUAUGGCUGCUUGGGAAUUAUUUGAUUAAUCCUCUCUCCCUCACAUUUGUUUUUUUUGGUUCUAUAAUUUUUAUGUAUUUAGCUCGAGAUUUUACUCUCGAGUUAUAUAAGUGAUCCAUUCUACAUGUACUUAUAUCCCCGCCUCCAUGAACUUACUACUAGUUGUUUUCCACAAUCAAUAAAUAAUGGGAGAUUUGUUAUUUACAAUUGUUUGUGACAGUUUCGAGCUUCCAAAUCUCUCAAGAUGUUAUGUUAGUACUUCUUGUAGAUGUUAAAGAG